AUGUCAUUAAAAAGCAGUAACAAAUCAUCCAAUCCUACAUUAACUGCCAUUUUGAGCGACAACGAAGAUAAUGAUAUCCAAUUGUUAGAUGAUAACGGUAACGUCAGCAAUAAUAAUGAAUAUGAACUAACAACGUUUUCGUCACCAAUAUCGCCACCACUACCAGUCUUUUCCAACGACAACGAAGAAAACAUUAUUAGUAGCUAUUAUGAGAACCGCUUAUCAGACGCUAAUUCCAUAAUUGUAAAUAAAGAUAAUAAUAAAGACACCUAUGUACGUGUGAAUAGUACAGAUAACAAUAGUAACGAUGGUGGUGAUAAUAAUAGGAUUAACGAAGGUAAAAAUACCAAUACUUCACAAAACCGAACAGAAGUUCUACAAAAAAAAACAUAUGAUACAACAAAAUCUGCAGCAAAACGAUCAAUCACUACCUUAAAAGUUGCACUGACUGGAGAAGAUUUUAAUCCGCACAUACAACCAAAUGAUGUAAUUGGUAGUAUGAUUGGUAUAAUAGUCACAUCUGUAUUUUGUACUUCCAGUGAAAUUAAAAGACUUAAAUCAAUAUUCACCAGAAGAUAA